AUGGCUUUGGUUCUGAGGUAUGUUAACAAUGAUGGAGAGAUUGUAGAAAGAUUAAAGGCCUUGGUUCAUGUCACCGAUACCACAACAAAAUCUUUGAAGGAAGGGAUUAACUUAGUAGUAUUUGCUAAGCAUGGUUUAUCUUUGUCACGAUUAAGAGGUCAAGGUUAUGAUGGUGCAUCAAAUAUGCGCGGUGAGUACAAUGAUUUGAAAUCACUUAUAUUGAAUGAAAAUCCAUCUGCCAAUAUGAAUGAUGCCAUCAAUCAUCGUGUGCGUAUGAAGCAGGAUAGGUGCUUUACUAAUUAUCAUCAUUACAAAGUGGAGAUUUACUGUCAAGUUCUUGAUUUACUUACUCAAGAAAUGGAGAAUCGUUUCCCAAAAAUGAAUACGGAAUUGCUUACUUGCAUGAAUUGCCUUAGUCCAAAAAACUCAUUUGCUCGCUUCAAUGUAGACAAGUUGGUUUGUCUUGCAGAACAUUAUCCGACUGACUUCUCAUCUAUUGAAUGUAUGUUUCUUCCAUAUCAACUUAAAAAUUAUAUCAAUGAUAUAGUUGACAAAGUUGAGUUCUCCAACAUUGAAGAUUUGGGAAAUUUAGCAAAGAUGUUGGUUUCUACCUCAAGAGAUAAAGCUUUCCCGUUAGUGUACCGCCUGAUUGAGUUGACACUGAUCCUCCCGGUUGCAACAGCUUUUGUCGAGAGAGUAUUUUCUUCCAUGAAACUUAUUAAGACAGAUUUGCGCAAUAGAAUGGGAGACGAAUGGAUGAAUGAUAUCAUGGUGAUAUACAUUGAGAGGGGAAUUUUCAAAAAAAUUGGAAAUGAGAUUUCUUCGGCGAUUUCAAGACAUGACGACUCGUCGAAAACAGUUAUCAUCUAG